AUGCAGGCACUUAAGGAUAUUGACUCAAAGGCGGGUGUCAUGGAGACCAACACCGAGGUCAUCUUGAUCUGGAACGACCCUUACCUGAAAUGGGACCCCGACUACUACAACCACACAACCGUCCUCAGGGUGCCCUAUGACCUCGUCUGGCGCCCGGACAUCAUCCUUUAUAACACCGCCGACAAGAACUACGAAGCCUCCCUCAUCUACACCAACGUCAUCGUGGAAUUCGACGGGACGGUUAAGCUCCUGAUCCACGCCAUCUUCACCUCCGUCUGCGCCAUCGACAUCCAGUGGUUCCCCUUCGACCAGCAGACGUGCGAUCUGAUCUUUUCCUCUUGGACUUCGGAUAUCAAUCAGGUCCUCCUCGAGAUGGGCCCGUCGGACAUCACCCGCUACCAGCCGAACCACGAGUUCUUCCUGGAGAACUUCUGGUCCGAGACGAUGGUGGAGAGCGACCCCUGCUGCGAGGAACCCUUCUCCAGUGUGUACUACGGCGUGUGUCUCGUCGUGCUGACCUGCAACAUUGGAUUCUCAGUGUAUGUGCUGAACUUGUCUUACUCUGGCGAUCGAGGUUACGAGAUUCCAGAGUGGGUCAGAACGCUAGUGGUUAUGGCAACCCGUGUGAUAUGCAUGAAGGUGCCAGGUUUCAUCAUCAAACAAUGGGGACUUGAUGAGAACUCGGUGAGCGCGUUCGACCUCGACAGCGAGUUUAAGGGGAUGCGCGUCAACGUUAUCAAAGUGAACGCGCGCUCGAAGUCGGACGGGGCGGCCAUGUUGAAAGACGAAUUCCAGCGGCGCUCCGUGGAGGCCCUGGAGUCGAUCCAGCAGCACAUGGAGGAGCAGACGCUGCACUACGAGGACACGCAGCGGCGGACGCGACUGGUGGAGGAGUGGAAGUUCCUGUCGCGAGUUCUCGACCGCGUCCUCUUCAUCCUGUUCGGGAUCACCACCUUCCUCUUCAACCUCAUCAUCCUGACGCAGUCGCCCUUCGGAGAGAAGUUCGAGUACUGCCCGCUGGGGCCCGGCCUCUGCUCCGACGGGUACAGCUUCGGGAGCACCGCCGACUUCGGGUCUAAUGGCGGCGGCGGCGGCCACUAG